AUGUUUACGCGGCGAAACAAAAGGAACGAAGCGUCCUACAGGGGCGAAAGGCUUGCGGCGUUGUCUCCUCGCCUCAGCUUGUCCCCAGCGAGGGCUGCGUCUCCGAGAGGGACGCCAGCCGACGAGAAACAAGUUUCUGCCGCUCCUGUUCUCGAGGAAGGCGAAGCAGGAGACGCCGGAGCCGCGGCGAGGGAGACAGCACGAGUCGGCGACAGAGCGGAAGACUGGGGAGCUCGGAGGGGACACAGCCGUGAUGAACAGCUAGACGGGGACAGGGAGGCGCACGAGGAAGAAUGGACGGACGCGAGGCGAAAGGGACAUUUUGGAGAGGGAGGCCGCCGGGUGGACGGAACCGGCGGAGUCUGCCAGGCGCCGGCUGCGGAACCUGUGAAGUGCACUUUGCCUUCGGAACAGACGCCUCGCCUUUCUGAGGUCGGAAGCGCAGAGAAGGAAGAGGAGGCUGCACGCGUGCCGCUCGCUUGUCUCUCUUGUGUGGCGACGUGUGCAGCCGUGCCUCCGUCACCUGCACUGGUGCACGCCUGUCUCUACGCAGCCGCGACCCCUUCAAGGUCCGUUCCAGAAAAGGUUUCGAUUGCGCCGCCCUACCAGCUUCUUCCGCGUGCGAGACCCCGAAGAGACGCGUCCCGCGUCCGUCGCUUCGACUCGCUUCUGCUGGACGCGCCUCUCGAGCGACGGGCUGUCUCGGCUGGGGAGCGGGGGCCGAGAAGUUCGCGCUACAGAGCAAGUGAAGAGGGGACACGAAUCCUGUCCAAGGAUGCGUUCCGUGUCGUCACCCACUCGCCGCUGAUGAGUGCGCGGGGCCGCCAUCCGGAGUGGGAACCACGCGGGAGACGCAAAGCGGCAGAAGCGGGAGGGAGUGGCGAGACCGAACUGGGUCUGUUCCCCGCCGUUCGUCGCGGCGAAGAAGGCAGUGGAGAAGGACUGGAGGCAUGGGGCGAUGGACGCUUGGCCGGCCGGCAAGGCCGCAGCUUGCCUGCUGGUCGAGGUUGCUUCAGCGGAGCCUUUCUCACGCCGGUUCGGCCAAACGGCAAGCGGGAAGAAGCGCAGCGAAGCGGCGGCCUCGUCUGUUUCGACCGGCCUUCAGAACCACCCUUCUCGCCCUCGAAGGUCCGUCCUUGUCCUCCGCCUUCUUCCUUUCCUUUUUCCCGAGAUUUUGCGGCCGAUGCAGCGGCCGCGCUGUCUUCGCCAAGGGGACAGAGCGGGAAGCAAAAGACGGUCUGUUUCGUCGAGCGCGAGACGGGCUCUUUCUACCCUUUCUCCUCGGGGGCGAGGCAACGCGAAGAAGCGCGAAGACGCAGAGACGAGCAGUUGACGAAGGCGCUGUCCCGGUGGAUAGGCCCGGCCGCAGGGCGACAAGAGGGUUUGGAUGACGCGGCAAAGUACACGUUUCCUGCUUUCGUCUUUUCUCGCACCGGACAAGAUCUCUCGCCGUCUUCCAGGAGGCGGCAGAUUGUUUCGGCGUUCUACGCUCAGAAAGAAAGGAGCAACGCGCGGCGCUGGAGAUCCCUGUCGGCGGGCGGCUACCGCGGGGGACGCGUGCGCGAGUCCAGCUCGGCGACCCGGAGACACGAGGACGGGAAACUCCGGAGCACAAGCCGUUUGAGUGUCGCGGGAGACCCAGAGCUGACCUCGGACCUGUCCCUGGUUCCGGGUCUCUGGGGCUGGCCGUGGUAUCACGCCAUCUACGGCCAGUUGGACCCGAGACUGGGUGCCCAGCGCGACUUGCUCCUGCUGCGUGAGCAGCGAAGAAAUCUGUCUCGCGGGGUGCAAAAGAUCGUGCCGGCGCUCUCGGAGUGGCGGGAGUCUGUGGCGGCCGAACGCGAGUCGCUCGAGAAUUUGGAACGGACGCGGGACGCGCUGGAGGCGCGGACUCGCCAGAAGCUUGCCAUCAUUGAAGAGGAGAUCGGAAGCGAGAGGCACAAGGCGACAGCGCUCCGCUCCCUGUUGAACGAGGUGAAGGAGGAGAACGCGUCUCUCCACGCGCUCCUCCCAGAGCGUGAAGAGCGCAUUCAGAAGCUCCAAGAAGCUCUGCAAGGUCAGGCGAAAGAGCAGAGUGAACGCGAGGAGGCUUUCUUGGGAGAGAAAAAGGGCCUUGAACUGCAGUUGCUCGAGAAGGAAGAGAGACUGAGGCAGCAAGACGCGCGAACGCGAGAGCAGGCAGCACUGAUUGCCUCCCUUGCUGAACAGGCAGAAGGACGCCUGGAAAGACUAACAACCUUGCAGAAAGAACUGCUGCAAGUCCGGGCCGAGAAAACGGACAAAAGGGCCGCAGGCGGCGGCGACCUGCAAGUCCCGUCCCACAGGGAAACGCUUUCAGAGGCCGGGACUGGUCGCCGAGUUCUGACGGUUCGCGGAGCGAAGCUGAGGGAUUCCUCGCCGGAGCAGGCGACAGACGAGAAGGCAGGCAGGCGCUUGUCGCGCCUCUCCGGCCGCCGCACUCUCACGCUCGCUCCCCCGAGAAACGCGAAGGCCGCCUCGGCUCUCGACGCGCGAGACGGAAACACUGCAAAGACUGAGGCUCCAUCAAGACAGAAAGGUGAGCAGGAGCGUCUGGAAACUCGAGACCGUUCGGAAGACGACGCCGUGUCAAACAUCAUGCGCCGGCGACUCAGACAGAGCCUGUUAGAGAGCAUCAGCCGGCAGUCGCGUGACUUGGAAGAGCUACUUCAUGACCCUGUUCUUGACCGUGUCGUGAGUCUUUCAAAGCUCGAGGCGCCGAGCCGCGGAAAGUCCCCUGCGUCGCCCGCUGCGUACCACAGAGGGGUCGGCUCGCUACUUGGGCCCGACCCCGCAGAGACCGACGUGGGGAGGCUGGUUUCCGCGGCCUAUUUGAGCUCGUACAAAACCGCGAAGGAACGGCUUCCUGGGCUUGUCCCGGACCUUCCUGAGGACGUUCUGAGGGCCCCGAAGAAAGGUUUCGCGGAGUCUCCGCGUCGAUACUCAAGACAAGAAGAGGGGAAAAGCUCCGACCGCUGGCGGGCCAGGCGGCGCCUGCUGCUGUCUUCUCGAGCUGCCGAAGCCUUCGAGAGACCGCGGAGGAUGGACGACCCCGACGUCCGGACAAUCCCCUCUGCGCUCUUCUUCGGGCGCAGGGAAGGGCGAGAGACGCGCGAGGCGAGCGAGAGGGGGAGGUCGGGCGCUGGAGACCGGAGGUCUCGUGCUGAGACGAAGGAGUUGACAAGAGAAGAAAUCAUCCAGAGAGCGUUCGGCAAAGCCGCCCUGCCGCAGCCUUUCGCGUCCGUCCGUUCGGCGUCGCCUUCCAGGGAGUGCCCAGAGCACGAGCAGCGACAGUCCACCGACGAACGAAAGACCGACCGUGGAAGCGAGAGACGGGAAGAGGAGGACAGCGAACCUCUCAAUGAGCUACACAAAAUGAGAAGAGCUAAGGCUGCAGCUCUGCUGCUUCACUUGAAACUCGGUGUCGCGGCAACUCAGGCAGACCUAGCGGCUCUCAAGUCAACGGUACAGCGGCAGAGAGACGUCCUUUCCGACAGCCACCGGGCAUAUAUUCCACCGAGAUGA